AUGACGAACAUGAACAUCAAUGAAGGCAUUGCUUCAAGAUGCUGGUGUGGAAAGGGGAUUGUCACUUUUGUUUCAAAAACGGAGGAGAACCCAUACAGACGAUUCUUCAGAUGUGAGAUUUGUUUACAGAGAAAAAAAGAAAAUCAUGUUUUUAAGUGGGUAGACGAGGCUCUGGUUGAUGAGAUUGUAAGGAUGACUGAGCAUCAGGCGAGAGUUGACGAGGAAAUUGAAGAUCUGAGAAUUUCUAUGAAGAAAACAGUGCAGGAAGAAGUUAUGAACCAUAAGACUGCGCUUGAUGUAGGAUGCCUAGGAACCUUUUUCGGUUUAUUAUGUCUCUGGUCCAAAAAUGAUUAA